UUCGUUUGUAUACAGCGUCUGCCAGGGGAGCUCCGAGGGGGCAAUGCUGAGAGCGCGCGAGCGGUGGAGACGCGGUGGAAACUGUGUCCGAGUGUGUAAAUCCGUGCCCUCCGUGUUGGGGGGGGCGAGGGGACGAAAGGGUCAGUUGUUCUCGGGCAUUGGGCUUGCCAGCCCCAAUCCCGCCGGGCCCCACAAAGGAGGACCCUCUCCUGGAGGACUGGGCCGGGUGUCCCAGGCCUUUGCCUUUUCUCCCCCGAGCGCCCCGGCGCACAAGGGGUUAGCGCCGUGCGCUCGGAGCUCAGCUCUUCCCGCUGCCUUCCAUCCUCGCCGUGCGGUGCCGGCUGCCCCCUGUUGGCCGCCUCGAGGUAGGGCGCCUGGGAGUCUGUUGCUCGGGGCGGGCGGUCAGCUGCUCGCCUCUCCCUCCCACCUCUGGCUCAGCUCGUCCUUCCCGACCCCCAGGUCCUCCUCUCCCGGGAGGGCCCCUCCGAGGCCCCCGGAGGACAAGCUGCACUGCGCGGCCGCCGCAAUACGGAAGGGGCAGGGGUCCGACCCAGCAAACGGGGCUCCGGCGAGUGGAAGGAAGGGCUCACCUCCUCCCCAGGGCGUAGGAACAGGAGCGUCGCCCUAGGAGGCCUAGGAAGUCGAUUGGAAUAUUAAGGCCAGGAGUUGCUUUGGGGACGGCUGGAAGUGCAAUGUCUUCCAAGUUCUUCCUAAUGGCUUUGGCCAUAUUUUUCUCCUUCGCCCAGGUUGUAAUAGAAGCCAACUCUUGGUGGUCGCUAGGUAUGAAUAACCCUGUUCAGAUGUCAGAAGUAUAUAUCAUAGGAGCGCAGCCUCUCUGCAGCCAGCUGGCAGGACUUUCUCAAGGACAGAAGAAACUGUGCCACUUGUAUCAGGACCACAUGCAGUACAUUGGAGAAGGCGCAAAGACGGGCAUCAAAGAGUGCCAGUAUCAAUUCCGGCAUCGGAGGUGGAACUGCAGCACCGUGGAUAACACCUCCGUUUUUGGCAGGGUCAUGCAGAUAGGCAGCCGCGAGACGGCCUUCACGUACGCGGUGAGCGCCGCGGGGGUGGUGAACGCCAUGAGCCGCGCGUGCCGCGAGGGCGAGCUGUCCACCUGCGGCUGCAGCCGGGCCGCGCGCCCCAAGGACCUGCCGCGGGACUGGCUGUGGGGCGGCUGCGGGGACAACAUCGACUACGGCUACCGCUUCGCCAAGGAGUUCGUGGACGCGCGCGAGCGGGAGCGCAUCCACGCCAAGGGCUCGUACGAGAGCGCGCGCAUCCUCAUGAACCUGCACAACAACGAGGCCGGCCGCAGGACGGUGUACAACCUGGCCGACGUGGCUUGCAAGUGCCACGGGGUGUCGGGCUCGUGUAGCCUCAAGACGUGCUGGCUGCAGCUGGCCGACUUCCGCAAGGUGGGCGACGCCCUGAAGGAGAAGUACGACAGCGCAGCGGCCAUGCGGCUCAACAGCCGGGGCAAGCUGGUGCAGGUCAACAGCCGCUUCAACUCGCCCACCACGCAGGACCUGGUCUACAUCGACCCCAGCCCCGACUACUGCGUGCGCAACGAGAGCACCGGCUCGCUGGGCACGCAGGGCCGCCUGUGCAACAAGACAUCCGAGGGCAUGGACGGCUGCGAGCUCAUGUGCUGCGGCCGUGGCUACGACCAGUUCAAGACCGUGCAGACGGAGCGCUGCCACUGCAAGUUCCACUGGUGCUGCUACGUCAAGUGCAAGAAGUGCACGGAGAUCGUGGACCAGUUCGUGUGCAAAUAGUGGGCGCCCGCCGCCCGCCUGUCACCCAGCCCCGCUCCCAGGACCCACUUAUUUAUAGAAAGUACAGUGAUUCUGUUUUUUUUUUUUUUAUAUUGUUUUAUUUUCCCCUGAGAAUUGCAACCGGAACCAUUUUUUUUCUGUUCCCAUCUAAGAACUCUGUGGUUUAUUAUUAAUAUUAUAAUUAUUAUUUGGCAAUAAUGGGGGUGGGUGGGAACCAAGACAAAUAUUUAUUUUGUGCAUCUUUGAAAAGGUAAGACAAGACUUCUUUGGAUGGUGUAGGAUGAGGGGGGAUUACAUGUACCCUGUGUGCACAUCUAGAAGGGAAAGGAAAUAUGCUUUCUUUUUCUCAACUGCGGGGUCAAAUACAGGACAGGUAGCAUCCAGCUGGAAGGGGGUGGUACAAAUCUAUGCAUGAUUCAGCUUCUGUGACCAAAAUGAAUUGUAAAUGCUCUGGGGAGAGUCGAGAGAUCUUGAGAAACAAACAGAAAAAUGAGACCCCACCCCAUCCUUCCCUAGGGGCUGCCAGCCCGAAACAUUUUCAAAAUGGUGAUUUAAAAAAUAACAGCGAGAAUCUCACAUCCCUCCAAGAUAGGUCAUUUGUGUCAUUUUCAUCAAAUGUUUUACCUGCAGAUGGUCCUGUACUAGUAGCUACUGAAAACUUGGGGAACAGGGAGGAAAGCCCCGGAAGGUAAAAACAACCUUAAAAAUGCCUCUAUCAAGAUACCGAUUUGAUGCUGUUACAGGAAUUAGGUGAUCAGAUUGGAAAAGGAUCCCCAAAUGAUUCCGGGUACUAGACUUUUUUUUGUUUGCAGAGAGGCGGGGAGGUUGGCUUGAACAGAAAAGGAAAAAUAUACUGUAAUUUUCUUAGGGAUGCUUGGUUAAUAAAUGAUAAUGAUGAAAAUAAUAAGCGAAUUCCGUUCACAGAUCCUCAGCCCAGACAACAAAGUAACUGCAUGCAGGUCGGCCGCUGCAUCAGAGCAGAAGCCCUGUGUGAGGGGAGAAAAGUGAAAUCGGCCCUUCCCCUCACCCCCAAGUCCUCUCUGAUUCCUCCUUGCCUUUGCUGCGAUGUGAUGCUGGCCACGUUGCCAAACGGCAGCUCCACUGGGUCCCCUUUGAUUGUGGGACAGGAAAUGAAUCAUUACAAGCUCCACUUGGGAAACAGUUUGCUACUUAGGGAUUUUUUCCCCCUAAAACUUUUAUUUUGAGGAGCAGUAGUUUUAAAUGUUUUAAUGACAUUACACGGCUAACAGAGUUCCCAGAGGUGUUGCAGCGUUUCACUCUCUUGAUCCUGUGUGUAGACUAUCCACUCCAGCUUUUCCUAUUAUACUGCAGGUGUACCCUAAGACUGUUCCUAGUGUACUUGAACAGUUGCAUUUAUAAGGGGGGGAUGUGGUUUAAUGGUGCCUGAUAUCUCAAAAGUCUUUUGUACAUAACAUAUAUAUAUAUACACACAUCUAUAUAUAAAUAUAAAUAUAAUUAUAUCUCAGCGCAGCCAGUGAUCUGUAGUUUACUCUGGGGUUAUUUCUUGGUCUAGAGCAUUGUUGUCCUUCAUUGCAACCCAAUUGGGAUUUUUUCCAAAAGGUUUCCAGGUUGAGCUUGGGCUGUGGCCCCGAUGUGAUCACACCAGGAGCAUCACGAAGCAGACUUGUUUCCGAGGAAUCUGGAAGGUCUUAACUGAUAAUGCAUGUUGGUUUGAAGAUUUCUUUUAUCGUCCCUGCGCCACCCCCUUUUCUCUAACCUCUGUUUCUGUACACUUUCCAGAAAGGGCAUUACUCAUUUGUCACAGACAUAGGAAUGAAGAGAGAUUCAGAUUCUGUUCCCAUCUAAGAACUCAGAAACCUUGUCAACAUUUCCAUUUCCGGUUCAUUUUGUAGAGUGGAAACCAGUGCCUCUUAGAUCUGCUAGUACCAGUAUUGAGUCCGUGAGGAAAAUGGAGCUCACAACAUACAUAGUUUAAAAAAAAGUGGUGUUUUUUUUUUUUUUUUUUUAAGCAAAGGACACCUCUUUCCUAAAAGUGCCAUCAAAUGUGUUCUUAUCUCAGACUUACGCUGUUUUAAAAGUUUGGAAAGAUACACAUCUCCUGCAACCCUCCUAGGCUCGGUGGCCUUCAUGAUCACCUCUGCCACCUGUGGCUCUUUAAUUUAUUGCACGAAGAUAUUCACGUCCUCUCGGUUGCAGUGCAUUGCAAGCAGAAGAUCUUGAAAUUAAAAAGCACUAAUUAGUUUAAAACGUCACUUUUUUGGUUUUUAUUAUACAAAAACCAUGAAGUAAUUUUUUUUAUUUGCUAAACCAGAUUUUGUUCCUUUUUAGUGAUUCAUGUUUAUGAAGAGAGUUGAGUUUAACAAUCCUAGUUUUUAAAAGAAACUAUUUAAUGUAAGAUAUUCUACUUGUCAUUCAGAUAUUAUGUAUAUCUUCUAUGGCCUUAUUCUGUACUUUUAAUGUACAUAUUUCUUGUCUUGCGUGAUUUGUAUAUUUCACUGGUUUAAAAAACAAACAUCGAAAGGCUUAUGCCAAAUGGAAGAUAGAAUAUAAAAUAAAACGUUACUUGUAUAUUG